GAUGUCUGUACUUUGCGCUUAUUCAUUUUCAUUCAACACGAUAAGCAGGGAAAAGUUUGUAAAGUUGCAAGUCAUAACGUUACAAGCGUCUUUAAUAUCAUUGAACAAUAUCAACAUUUAAAGCCCAUCCCAUGCGGUUGACCCUGAUUAUAUUGUAAAUUUUAAUGGUUUCAUUAUCAAAGAAUGAACGUCUGAAGACUUGUAAAAAAAUAUUAUCGCGCUUUCAGUGAUAAACGUUUAACAUCUCAGAUUAGUGGGUGUCCAUAGUCAAGUUCUUCAGUUCUUUUCAAAAAGUCGUAAUAGUAAUAACAGUAGGAUUUUUAAUGGAUCCCAUAAUAGUGGUUCUCAGUGUAUUAGCAGUCAUUCUACUAGUGGUAUAUAAGAUCCGAAAGUACUUUUCAUUAUGGAAGGACAUGGGAGCACCUUACGAGAAGCCACACAUUUUCUACGGAAACCUGAAAGGAGUUGGAACCACUGAAUCAGUAAUCGGUCGUUUACAGAACAUUUAUGAAAAACACAAGGAUAAUGCCCCGUUCGUUGGAAUUUUCGUUUUCUUCAAACCCGCAGCGUUGAUUAUCGAUCUUGAUUUAGUGAAAUCAAUUAUGAUCAAGGAUUUCAACUAUUUUCACGAUCGCGGAUCCUACUUCAAUGAAAAGGACGAUCCUCUCUCGGCGCACAUGUUCAAUAUUUAUGGUGCAAAAUGGCGAAUGCUUCGUACAAAACUAUCACCAACUUUUACAAGUGGAAAAAUGAAAUAUAUGUUUCCGAUGCUAGUGGAAGUAUCGAAACGACUAGGUGAAAAAAUCCAUGAACUGAGCGAAGUAGGAGAUGAGAUUGAUAUAAAACAACUCAUGGCUCGGUACACAACAGACGUCAUAGGAACUGUUGCUUUUGGCAUCGACUGCAACAGUUUGAAGGAGCAGGAUAACACUUUCCAUGAAAUGGGUCUGAAAAUUUUCGACAAACCAAGGCACAGUUUUCCGAUGCAGCUACUUCUUCUUUCAUUCCGUGAAUGGGCAUUGAAAUUAGGAAUUAAACGUUUUCACGAUGAAAUCCAUUCGUUUUUCAUGAACGUGGUUCGAAGUACAGUUGAUUAUAGAAUCUCAGAAAAAGUGCGGCGGAAUGAUUUCAUGGAUAUUUUGAUUGAGAUGUUUCAAAGUGCUGGUGAGAAUAAGCUAACAUUCGAUGAACUCGCAGCCCAGGCAUUUGUAUUCUUUGCUGCUGGAUUCGAGACUUCUUCGUCGCUUCUUCAGUUUUGCCUUUACGAAUUGGCUUGUCACCCGGAGAUCCAGAGAAAAGCCCGAGAUCAUAUUGAGGAAGUGUUGUCCAAACAUAAGGGAGAGUUCACAUACGAAGCUAUGCUUGAUAUGAAGUAUAUCGAUCAGGUUCUGAAUGAAACACUUCGAAUGUACCCACCACUAGCAAUACUCUUUCGCGAAACUGAUCGAGACUACAAGGUGCCUGGAACUAAUUAUUUCUUCAAAAAAGGAACUCUAGCGGUUAUAUCUGCCUAUGCAAUUCAACGCGAUGAGAGAAUUUUCCCUAAUCCAGAAGAAUUUAAUCCCGAGAAUUUUUCCGAAGAGAAUAUGAGAAAUCGGCCAUCAGUCGCUCAUCUACCAUUUGGAGAUGGACCCAGGAACUGUAUUGGUGCUAGAUUUGGUAUGAUGCAAGCAAGAGUUGGACUGGUAGCUGCUUUGAGAAGUUACCAAUAUGAUCUAUCACCGAAACUUGAACGACCUUUGAAAAUUUCACCAAUAAAUUUCAUCACGACGAUUGUAGGAGGUGUUUGGUUGAAAGUAAAGCAAAUCAAGUAGAAUCCAUUUCUUAGUUUAUCUUAUAUUAAGUAUAGGAAAAAGUAGUUUAUAUGAUUCUGUUGUAUAACUAAAUAUUGGCAUUGACUAAAUUCUUUCCUAUGUAUUUUAAUUUUCUUCUAAUAAAAAUGUAACUACAUA